AUGGAUGCUGACUCGGCCGUCUCGCAAGUCCAGCGACGAAUCGAGCUCCAGAGUCCGGAAGAUCUGACAUAUCUCAUCACCAAUGUGCGGAAUGCGGCUGCUACGCGGUUGAACGAAGCGUUUCCGCAAGUCGAUGGCGGCGGGGAGGACGAGUUGAGGAACCAGAUUGAGGCUCUGGUUAAUGAGUACAUCGACAAGACGUUCACACUUGCGGCACCCAACCUGACAAUCAACGGACUACCCGUCGCCUCGGUCGAUGCUCUGCGAGAUAGCGGAUCCAUGGCCCUAGACGAAGCAUACGAGCCCUUCGAUACACGGAAACGGCAGAGAGUCGCUGAUCUGAUCACGCAAGAGGAGAAGCUGCUAGAGGACGUGGCAAGCCUGAAGAGAGCCGUGCCUGGGAAAGCAGCCGCGGAGCAUGCACAGAUGCUCCGAGAAGCGUUGCGGCGAGACGACGAGAUGGUGGGUGCCAUGGCAGCGACACAUCAAGAAAGCGCCAACGAAACGAUUACUCUGGACGGCACAGCAAGACUAGACAGGCAAGAGACGGUGGAGGGCGAGUUCAAGGACGCAGUGGAGGCACUGGGGAGGUUGAAACGUGAUAUGAGCACCGUGGUGGCCAAAAUGGAGAGGGCACGUCAAGCAGGGGAAUAUGUCAUCACGCAAGGGCGAUGA